AUGGCGAAUGACAAUGGCAAACACGAAAAUAAACGUGACCAGCUUCAAAAAGAAAACGCAGAGCUCUUAGAAGAAAUCAGUUAUACCCAACAUGAACUGUCUGCCGUCAAAGGCCAUCUAUCUAGCAUCGUCUCAAAGACCACCGAAUGCCAAUCGAUCAUGAACGACCACAAUGUACUUGCAAUUAAACUACAAAGUGGCAUUGGUAAACUGGUCAGGGACGAUAUCGCCAAAGAAGAGGAAAUCGCGGAGCUGAAAUCUAACCGCAAAGCUAAAGCCCAAGUGGUAGCCGUUCAGGCUAUUUGCGAACACCACUUGGCCAAAGCAGCCGGUCGGAUACAAAACUUGGAAGAUGAACUAGCCCGAACGAUCGUAGAACGAGACGUGAAAAUGGAAAGAGCCUUAUUGAACACUUUCCAAAAACGAUCAAUGGACCUGGAAAACGUUGAGGCCAAAAAUCGAGUGCUGGUGAUGGAAUUAGAUUUUGCAAGCCGUCAGUGGAAGAAUGCCCAGAAGCAAUGCACAUGUGGCAGCUUGCAAAAUAUCAUCAUCUGAUCGGCGUCAAUUGAGGUUGUGCAGUAAGCACUGGAUAUCUGG